AUGCGCAGCGAGACAAUACAGUUCCACACACCUCUGACUCUGAUUGUUGGAUAUAAUGGCUCAGGAAAGACGACCAUCAUCGAAUGUCUCAAGUAUGCCACCACGGGCGAUCUCCCUCCGAACAGCAAAGGUGGUGCUUUCAUUCAUGAUCCUAAGCUAUGUGGUGAGAAGGAAGUCCUCGCCCAGGUGAAGCUUUCGUUCAAUGGCACCUCGGGCGCCAAGAUGGUAGCCACGCGCAGUCUCCAGCUUACCGUUAAGAAAACUACGCGGCAACAAAAGACUUUAGAGGCACAGCUUGUCAUGGUGAAAAAUGGCGAACGUGCGUCGAUCUCAUCCCGUGUUGCGGAACUAGACCAGAUCAUGCCUCAAUAUUUAGGUGUUUCCAAGGCCGUCUUGGACUGUGUUAUCUUCUGUCACCAGGAUGAGAGCCUUUGGCCAAUGAGUGAACCUUCUGUAUUGAAGAAAAAGUUUGACGAGAUCUUUGAAGCAAUGAAGUACACCAAGGCCAUCGACAAUAUCAAAGCGCUACGUAAAAAGCAAAAUGAAGAGCUAGCCAAAUUCAAGAUCAUGGAGCAACAUGCCAAAGAAGAUAAAGACAAGGCUGAUCGUGCUGAGAAGCGAUCCAUCAAGCUGCAGGAUGAGAUCGAGGUGCUACGAGGAGAGACUCAGCAGAUGUCGAAAGAGCUGCGGCGUAUAAAUGACCUGGCCGACAAGGCCUGGAAAGAAUCUGAAAGCUAUUCUCAAGUUCUCGGGGCCCUUGAAGGAAAGCGAAUUGAGGCGAAGAGCGUUCAAACCACAAUUGAUAACUUAAAACAGCACCUUGUUGAGUUGGACGACUCGGAUGAAUGGCUUCAGUCAAAUUUGGAGCAAUUUGAGACGAAGCAAAUUGAGUACCAGCAACAAGAAGAAGCCCAAAAAGAAAACUAUAUGGAACUCAAAGAGCACAUCGAGAGUGCCCGACACAGGCUGGGUUUGAAACAAGCCGAGAGCGGAAAACAUGAGAACGACAAAGCAAACUUUGAGCGACAAGUUGAAAGACGCCAGAACAUGAUCAUUGAGGUUGCCCGUGGCAACAAUAUCCGUGGAGUUGAUGACAAUCUCGACCAAGAAGGAAUCAAUGCGUUCAUGCAGAAAUUACGGCGCCAUCUGCGAGAAAAAACCAAUCCCUGGAUCGCUCAGCAGGAGCUCCGGGAGGUUCAAGAAGCUUUGAAUGAGAUUGGGCAGCGGAAGUCUGCCCUUCAAGAGAGCAAAAGCGCCGCAAAGAGGCGCAUCGCUUCGAAUGACAAAGAAGCUGCAGUGUACCAAGGAAAGCUGAACGAGAUUGACAUCGACGAGGCAGUUCAAGCCGGAUUGGAAGCCAAAAUCGAUGACAUUAGCUCCAGCCUAGAAACCUCUAAAGAGCGAGGCAAGACUGCCUCCUGGGACCAAGAGAUUCAAAAUAUCAAUUCUCAGAUCCAACAUCUGGAGGAUGAGAACACAAGAUUGAAUUCUGAAUUGAUUGACUCUACCAAAAAGGCUGGUGAUUUAGCUCGCUUGGAUCAUCUCAAAAAGGAGGCCAAGGACAGAGAACGAGGUCUACAGACAAUGAAGGGUGCACAUGGAGACCGUCUUGCGAAGGUUGUUGGCCCAGAUUGGCAGCCUCAAACGCUGGAAAAGGACUUUCAGCAUGCUGUUGAUAUUGAAUCAAAGAAGGUUGUCGACGCAGAGCGUGACCGCGAUGCAGUGAGCCGAGAGGUAGAGCAAGUCGAGUUCAAGCUGAAGAAUGCGAAGAAGCAUCUGAAGUUGAGACGCAAGGACCUUGAUGAUUGCGUGAAUGAGAUCCAUGAAGCGGUCGGUGACGAGCCUUCCGAAUACCCCAUCAUUCUUAAGGACCGCCAAGCUGCAUUUGAGCUUGCCCGGAAGGAUGCUGACCAGUAUGCUGGUAUGGGCGAGUAUCUUAACAAGUGUCUUGAUGCAGCAAAACGAACCAAGCUCUGCCGGACGUGUCAAAGAUCUUUCAAGAACGAAUCGGAACUUCAGACAUUCACCAAAAAGCUCGAGGCCCUGGUCAAAAAGGCUGGCUGGGAUGCUGAGGAUGAGAUCCUAAAGAACAUGGAGCAAGACCUUGAAAUUGCUCGUGCAGCCAGUGGGUUCUAUGACCAGUGGAUCCGCCUCUCAGAGACAGAUAUCCCCGAGUUAGAGCGGGAAGAGCAAGAAUGUGAAGCGCAGAGGGAUCAGCUUCUAGAUAAACUUGAGGCACAUGACCGACUGGUAAGCGAGAAAUCAGAGUACAAGAGAGAUGUUGAAGGUCUUGCAAAGACGGUCAAUACGAUUGCAAGGUACGAUGCCGAUAUUAAGAACAUUGCUUCACAAUUGCAGGAGCUCUCUGCAAAGCAACAGGAUUCUUCCAUGGGCCGUACGCUGGAGGAUAUCCAAGAAGAAAUUUCGACAAUCAACGAAAAAUCCCGAGAGCUGAAGAAAACUUUGGCGAAGUUAAUCAAUGAGAAAGAUCAGAACCGAAGCGAGAUGAACAAGCUUGAGCUUCAACUGAGAGACGUGAGGGACAACCUCAGCAAUGCCAAAUUCCAGCUGGAAAAGAAAGCCGACCUGCUUGUCCGGCUGGAAGAAUACAAAAGGCUCAAUGCUCAACAGCGUGAAGCAAUCGAAAAAGCUGAUAGUGAUAUUGAAAACCUCUCGCCUGAACUGCUUCAGGCUCAAGCUCGCUACGAUGACAUUAGUCAACGAGCUGACGCACGGGAGCGAGACCUACAGCAUGAGAUCAACCGUCUCUCGGAGUGCAUUCAUCAGCUUGAUCUUGCAAACGACGAUAUCAACUCUUACAAUGAACGAGGAGGGCCCAGUCAGCUCGACAGGAGUAGAAAAGAACUCGCUGAGAUCGAAGGCGAAAUCACCAAGCUUGAAUCCGAGCAAGGCGAGAUCACAAGACAAAUCAAUAAAAUAUCUGCUCAGUUGAAAGACAGCGAGAAUACGAAGCGGCAGUACUCAGAUAACUUGACAUAUCGUCAAGCCACCCGAUCUCUAGAUAAGGUCUUGGAGGAAGUUAGGCAGCUCGAGGCGCAGAACGCCGAGGUUGAUCGCAGCCGCUUCCAACGAGAGUCCGAGCGUUUGACUCGUGAACAUAACGCCCUCGCUGCCAAGCAAGCCAGCAAAAUGGGCGAAAUGAAAUCCAAGGACGAUCAGCUGAUGCAGCUCCUAGCAGACUGGAACACAGACUACAAGGAUGCCGCAUCGAAAUACAAAGAAAGCCAUAUUAAAGUGGAGACUACUAAAGCCGCGGUCGAUGACCUCGCUAGGUAUGGCGGCGCUCUUGAUAAGGCUAUUAUGCGCUAUCAUAGCUUAAAGAUGGAAGAAAUCAACUCCAUCAUUGGCGAGCUCUGGCAAAAGACCUACCGAGGAACAGAUGUCGACACUAUUUUGAUUCGGUCUGACAAUGAGAACGCCAAGGGUAACCGCUCCUACAACUACCGAGUCUGUAUGGUCAAGCAGGGCGCAGAAAUGGACAUGCGAGGUCGCUGCAGUGCUGGCCAGAAGGUACUCGCUAGUAUUAUUAUCCGUCUGGCUUUGGCGGAGUGCUUCGGUGUUAAUUGUGGUCUCAUCGCCCUCGAUGAACCCACCACGAACCUGGACCGUGACAAUAUCCGCUCUCUGGCAGAGUCAUUACACGAUAUUAUACGUACCCGCCAACAACAGUCAAACUUCCAGCUGAUUGUUAUCACCCACGAUGAGGAAUUCUUGCGGCACAUGCAGUGCGGUGACUUCAGUGACUACUAUUACCGCGUUUCGCGAAAUGAGAGGCAAAAGUCAAUCAUUGAAAGGCAGUCUAUUGCUGAGGUCAUGUAA